UUGACGUGUCCAAAAUGAAAACAGUGCUCACUUUACAGUGCCUUAUGUCAAUUGCAGCCUCUUUGGCGAUCGUUGAGGAUCGUAGAAACACAUCGAUGGCGACUUGCAUACGUAAAACUAUAAAACAACUUUUUUCCGAUGCUCGUACGAUAACGUUCGUGACGGAUCACAGCGAGCAAUGCGAUAUCGUUCCCCUUGAAUUCGAGAUGCCGAUCUUCACGGUUACUAUGAAAAUUGACAUAAAAAACGUGAAUUUUUUUACGACCAGUAACGACUUUGUCUUUUGCGUUAAGAAUGAAGACUACUUGAGUUACGCCGCUUAUUUGGUUGCAAUGUUAAAAUACACCGAAGAUAAGGGAUACUCCGACGUAAGAGUUCUAGUCAUUAGCCCUGGAAACGUGGAACGAAUGCACGAUCAGUGCUGGAAGAGUUUGUUAUACAACGUGGUCCUUUUAAGUUGGGGUUCUGGAGAAGAAGUUCUGAGCGUCUCAAACCAGUUUACGGAGGGAAACAAUUGCGGUGAACGUGCUAGGGUAAUUGAGAAGGAAUCGUGUGCAGAUCCCACUGCACCUGCCAAUAUCGCAUCUCAACCUGUACUAACACACUCUAUAGUAUGGAUAGUACCGAAAUCUUUGCCAGUUCCUGCCAUACGUGUUGUGCUACUAGCAUUUAAGAGCUUAGGAUGGUACCUCAUCAUCUUCACCUUCGUAAGUACCGUGUUUGUUUGGUGGCUGAUCGUGGGCUGCCAAAAUAGAAGAUUCCGCCUUGAGGAUGGCUUAGACGCAAUCACCAACGUGAGUUCCCUGACGAUACUGAGCUCGAUCCCAGUCAUGCCAAGUUCAUUCCUUCAUCGCUCAGUUAUUCUCGCUUACUUAAUAUACAUCAUCCACAUCAGUUGCGCCUUCACCUCCAGGUGGAUUGAUCUUCUUACGGUACCGCAGUACGAAUUCCAAAUAAAAACCUUGCAACAACUCGCGGACGCAAACUUGCCAAUCUACAUACCUGCUAAUUUUCAAAAGUACCACUUCAGUCGCAAUGACACCAACAAUGAUCUCUAUGAAAAACUGCAACAGUUACUGAUACCCUGCCGUACUCACGAUGCACUAGGAAAAGCCAUAAUGAAUGUUCAUGAUUAUCGCAAUUGCGCGGCUAUUGUGACACACCAGGAUCUCACUACCAUUCAAAUGAGCAUGAAAGACAAAAUUGACGUUGGUAAAAUUGAAGAUAAUUCUAUAACCGGCGCACACCACAUAAAAUUCGCAUACAAACCCAACUACUACUUCGCUGUCCAUAUUGGCACAUUUCUUCAAACGCUUGUGGAAUCUGGAAUUGGACCGAAGCAAUUCAAUGAGUUCGAAACCGAAUAUUUUAAAAACGACAUCGUCGAAGAGGCUCCGGAUACGGUGGUACUGACCUUAGGUCAUUUGUAUUUCGCAUUCUGCUUACUUGGCCUGGGAUUAGCGAUAGCACUUGUGGUUUUCUUGGUCGAGUUGUUCACCGGCUUCAUGUUUAAAUAAAUGGUAUUGUAAUUGUUGCAAAUAAUUUGAGAGAAUUGAUCGCAA